AUGGUGGUGGCAGACACCGCCGGUUGUAGUGAAGUGGACGGCGCCAGGUUGCAUGGCCCUCAUGGGAAUCGUUUGCCGCGCCGCUUAACCCGCAGGCGCAAGUCCCCCGAUGACGUUAGCGAACAUCGCGGCACUAUGAAAGAGGCGUUGCCACCGCGGCGGCAACACCCCGCGGUCACGAUCAGGACCGUUGUGAUGAUGACGCGGACGACGCUCUACGUUUGCGACACGUCGGCCCCUGCAUACUUUUUUCUUCUCUUUGCCCUCCGUUUUUUUCGUUGGCGCCUUGUAAUUUCUUUGUGA